GCGGUUGCAUUAAAUGGUGUUUCCGUUAUUUUGUCCACCGCCCACCCUCGUCUUAAAGCGAUCCCAUCCAUCGACACAUGGCCAGUCAGAAUUUAUCGAGCGGCAACCAAUCGCAGCGCCCCCUUUAGGGCGAGCCUCCGCCGCACGAGGCCAAUCGGAGUCGCGGAACAGGACCCGUGCCUCCGAGUUGUGCAGCAAUGCCGUCACGUGACGCUGGGAAAAAGAGGAAUGCCAACAUGGACCCGUGGCAAGGACGGGAUGUGAGCGUGCUACGACAAUAACACGACGGAGGGAAAUAUAUAUAGAUAUAUAUUCAUAAAGAGCCCGUCGACGGCGCUGCUUUCUCUCCGACCGAGCCUCUUCCGAACUACACACGGUUUUUUGUGUGAUCCCGUCUCUGGAUAGUGUUUCCUCAACACCCUCUCCUCUGCAUUCGGGCCGGAUCAAUGGUGUUACUCGGCAGCAGACCGCUGCCUGAGAAUGAACUGUUCAAGGACAGCAGCAGCAGCCUGUUCCACCUCGGCCUGAGAGAUGGAGUCCGCAGCUCGGCCUCCUGUGACAGCCCCGAGGCCGUGGAGCUGGGGGCUUUGCACGGUUUAAGCCCCGGAGGGGACGAAGACGACGAGGAGGACGACGAAGAUGACGAGGAGGGGGGGAGUCUGCAUAUUUUUCUAGGGGUGGAGGGAGAAGGUGAACCAGAGAGCCGGGAGCCUAAGCUACCGGACUUCCCUUUCCAACCCUCCUCCCCGUUCUCUCCAACCCUGGAGGACAUCGAUGAGUUCUUAAGGGAAAAGAUGGAACUGAUCAAAGAGGAGCUACUGGCCCCAAAAGAGGAGGCCUGCCCUGUACCAUGUAGUGGCUCUCCGUCCUCCGUUGUGCCCCUGGCUGCUUCCUCAGACACUUGUAGUCACCCCGGGACUAGUGCCUCUUCUUGCGCUUCAAACACCCCCCAGAACGAGCAAAAGAGCCCCAGCCCAGACAACCUGUCCCCCUCUGCCCGAGCAAACUCCUCGCCUUCCACCUUAACCCCGCCAAUGCUCUUGGGCAGUCCGCUGGUCCUCCAGCUCCAGCCCCUGCCUGUGGCCCAGGCUCUGACCCCGGCGAGCUCCCCACCCGGGUCCCAGAGUGGCAUUUGGCUCACUCAUCUGGUCAUGGGGCUCCAGGGCACAACCGGACAAAAUCUCACCCUGCUGGCCCAGCAGGCGCACUCCACCCCCACCACCUUCUUAUCCCUACACAGUGGAGAUGCUAAGUUGGUUGACCAGAAGUACGUGAAGAUCGCCCCGCUGCCCAUCACUAUGAGGACUCUAGAGAUCACGGGCGUGAGUGGAAUCGGGGGCAACGGUCUGUUUAAGGCUGUAGCCCCCCGGGUGACCAGACUGCUGCCCACGGAGAGGGUCCACAAGUGCUCCCACCCCGGCUGCGGGAAGAUGUACACCAAAAGCAGCCACCUGAAGGCUCACUUCCGCCGGCAUACAGGAGAGAAGCCCUACACAUGUAGCUGGCCCGAGUGCGGCUGGAGGUUCUCCCGAUCCGACGAGCUGUCCCGCCACCGGCGCUCCCACUCCGGCAUCAAGCCCUACGCGUGCUCACUGUGCGAGAAGAAGUUUGCCCGCAGUGACCACCUAUCCAAACACACCAAGGUCCACCGCAGCUCCAGGCCCAGCAGGAUUAUCAGAGCCACUGUUUGAGACACAUGCAGCGGGUUUUUAACCCUUGCCAAGUCCUGCACGCCCCACCCGGGCCUGGCUUUGACUGAAUGGGGUGUGGAGGUCCGGGUCUUCCUCAGGACUUUUGGUGCUUUCACUAGCAGAACUUUCAGAAGAAUCUUAAGCUGGCGGCUUUUCCUACACAUAUUUCCCCCCACCCUGUUUAUCUUUCGCUGUUGUUUCCGAUCAGCUCGUCGCAUACUGAGCAGCCACCUCAGGAAAAAUCAGCUAAAAGUGGACUUCCUGGCCUUCGCGUCUUACUGAGGCCCCUCUUGCAACCACUACUUGCACUACUGUUACCAAGCUACCAGGUGCUGUUGGAAGUACGGUGGCAACCAGCAAUAGGAACAUCUGUAAUUCUGUAAUCUCCCCCCCCCCGCCCUGCUCCUUUCUACUUUUGUGAUUGCCCGUCUUCUUCAAAACCAAACUUCAGGGUCAACACUCUUCCCAGUGUUUUCUUUGUAAGUUCUGAAAGUAAAUCCCAUUUAUUUAAGGUGUUCUAAUUGUAUUUGCGCCUGUGUGAAAUUGUGAUCAAAGCGGCGGAAUCUCCUCUAAAUACUUUCGGAGUAAACGGUUCACUCCGAACGAAAGUUGGGACUCUCGAUGUUUCGGGGGCAAAUGCAGAGGCGUUGUUUUCUGUCAAAAUGAAAAUUGUGAGUCUGCUCACAAUUUGUCCGAGCAGGGCGUGUCCGACUUUAUUAUGCACCCGACCCAGGCCUUCGGUGCAUUCGUCCAAUUGUAAUCCACCACUGUUUCUGACCCCUAUGCCUUCACAGCCCCAGUACGCACUACUCUAUUGAUGCCUUUGUCCGUAUCAUGAAACCAGCCUCAGUUGAUCCGGCUGUUAUCAUAUGACUGCUCUCCUUUAACUGUGGACCUGAACUGGGACCGCCAAACCAGAAAGCCCUGUUCUGGCACCUUUCGAGAGCUUAAAAACGACACCCACGGUGCACGGCAGUUUUAUAAGCUCUUUGUUGUCUGAAUCAUUGUGCCGACUUGCGUUUCCUAGAAAUGUACUCUGCCUAUACGUUAUACUUUGUUUUGACAGGUGCAGAAGUGAUGUGAAAAUAUUGCUCUUUCUAAUUUACAGUAGCACUUACUGUAAAAUGUUGGAUAUAGCAGCAAAAAAAGCUAGUUUUAAACAGCUGGAAAGGCAGCUAACAUCUCCUCAAUCAUCUGUAUUAGCAUAGUCAUUAUACUGUGUACUGGACAUAUAGGACAAAUAACAUGUACAGCUUGUAGCUUUUAUAUAGAUGUUUUUUUGUUCUUUUUUUUUUUUUUAUCAUUGAGGAAUUUUCAAUCAGUGCAUUAAGCUAUUCAGUCGUGUUUCUGGAGUUUCUUUGAUCCAACGUGAGUUUUGAUUGUAGCGUGAUCAAUCUGUGGAAUGUCAGACUGAUUACGGUCUGGGAUUUUAAAUCCCACUCUACCCAUUCACAAUCCAUUAUGCUGAGUCUGCUGGUUUCAAAUGCACUUGCCUUUUUGUGGAAGGCGAGAAACAAGUCGCCGUGCUCUUAUGGCAGUUCCAUAACGUGUUUUGGAACAUUAAAAUGCCACCCAAAAAAACGUUUGAUUGAAGGUUAGUCACUCGCCGUUAUGAUUUCCUGUUGAUGCAACAGACACAAAACCAUUUAUGCCACCGACAACCUUAGCUUAGCUCGAGCAACAUGGUUAUUUUUUUGGGAUUGAACCCCAAAAGUAGGGCACUUGUGCAUGUAGCACACGGCAAUCAGCCUCAUAUAUCUCUGUCUCUUUGUAUUAUGGAUACAUUAGGUUUCACUCUUUUUGUAAUAAAACAACAAUAGCAAUGCUUAGCGAUGUAGAAACCCGUUCAAAGCAGACAGACGGGCAGACGUGUUGAUCCGUCUGAGCCUCCCCCGGCUGCUUCUACUGACCUACAUCCAAACCUGUGUUCCCUAAUUAUCAUCCAAUUCUUUCUCUCUCUCCUCUGCUUCUCUGUUUUGUUUUUUGGAAUACCAGAUAUGCUAUUUUCCUAUUUGC